GAUCGGUUGCGAUGUUGUCGGUGUUGAUUUCAGCCCCGAAAUGGUGCAGUCCAUGAAGGAUGAUGGUAUCAAUGCCGCGGUCAUGGAUGCAGAGGACUUGACGUUUGUCGAUCAGUUCGACGCAGUCUUCUCCAACGCUGCACUGCACUGGUGUAAGGACCACGACAAGGUGAUUGCAGGUGUAAAGAAAGCUCUUGUGCCGGGUGGUCGCUUUGUUUGCGAACAGGGAGGCUUUGGUAAUAUCAAAGUGAUAAGAGAAGCCCUGCAUGCGGCACUGCAAGGGAGAGGCAUAACUGAUCUGGAAGCUCGAGAUCCGUGGAAUUUCUCUGAUGUCGAGUCCAUGAGCCGACUUCUGGUCAAGUAUGGCUUCACCAUCAACUCCAUUGAAUUGAUACCCAGACCCACUCGCCUCCCCACCGACGUCAAGGACUGGGUGGAUCUCUUUGGGAAUACAUUUCUAGUGGGCUUUGACGCAGAAACUCGCGCGGCUGUGCUAGAGGAAGUACAGGCUGCCUGUGCGUCUCUGUGGGAUGAGGAUCAUGGGUGCUACUUCGCUGAUUAUGUCCGCUUACGUUAUGAAGCGAAGCUGGAGCACUAACUUUAAGUCACGAUUGUGGCAUACAGCUUUUUUCCGCAAGAAAAAACGAAAGUAAGGGAUUGUCGAGCUGAUAUUGCAGCACAUAUUACGGUACUAUGUACAUAUGCGUAUAGGCUGUGAGCGCACAGUCCUGCUCCAGUCUGCACGGGUGAUUUGCAAGUGACACCUUUCUGUGCAUAUGGCAUGAAGAAUCAGCAUUCAAUCCACCCAAGUGGGUGACUGAUGGUAGUCAUACUUCAUACACAGUAGCCUGUAUAGUGAGGGGAAGUCUUGUGUGCACGCCUGUCGUGCCUCACAGCCAUGUGCAUGAACGCACCAAAGCUCUGAAUUCGAUUAGAUUUGCAAUCUUUGACGCAUCAGUGGAUUAAAAAAACAUGUAGACAACGAAUGCUUCCUCUAUAAAGUUGUGGCCGAAAUGUUGGUAGGAAUAAACGAGAAUGACGACAUAUGACCUUUAUUUUAGUGACGACAGAUGACCUUUUAACUUGCAAUUGAUAGACUUAUCGAUAAAAUUAUUGUUCCCAUUGAGUUUCAAGCGCGAGUCUCAUUGUCGACUCCAAAAAAAGUGGAAUAUUUGCAACGUGGCACUGUUGCUGCGCGGCGUGCUGUGGUCACAAACUUUCGAUCAUACCCAACUGCGUGUGUGUACUGACCGCAUGGAUUAUCUACGUGAUAGAUUGGCUAUGAACAAUUCGGCCCUUUCAUAUUUAAAAAAAAAUAUGCUUUGGGUAACUGAGUGUUCAGAAUCACGUAUCACUAUUGCUACGCUAUUGAGAAGUGGGCACCACUGUGUUCCUGAAUUCACGGCAUUUUGCUCGUUCUUCCAUGACCUUUUUGAAUAUUAUAGUUCGGCAGAUUUAUCAUCAGUAGGCGGUCAAUGCACAUUCACAAACAUUGCAACCGGCUUUGUCUUUCAGAUAGUUGUGAUCUUUGCAGGCAGUAUCACACAAGUGAGGCGCUCCCGAUGUUAUACAGGAACAAAACGGCUCUCCCUGACGAAUGCAUACAAUGUCUGUAUCGCACUUGCCAAUCACGCCGUCAUUGCACUCACAAGGCUGGCACCCGUUGUUCCAGGCUGCG